AUGCUGGUCUCCAAAAUCCGGUCAGUUUCCUCCAAGAAACUCUUCAGAAGCCUCCAAUUCGUCCGACUGCAGUCCGUCCCUUCGCUUGCCCAUUUCACCCCUUAUUUUUCCGAUUCGGGUUCCGAGGACCCGAGCCCCGACACGGGAUGCAGUUAUACUGCAAAAGUUUCAAGCAAUUGCACCGAUGGGAGUAGGAGUUCUUCUGGGCUGAGCACCUUCGAGGUCGUCGAGAUUCUAAAAACCAUGCAGGGCGAGCCAAGCUCCGCCUUCACGUUCUUCUAUCAGCUUGGGGAAAAGGGUUUCCGGCAUGAUGUGCGGACUUACUUGGCCAUCAUUAAAAUACUCUGCUUUUGGGGCUUAGACAGAAAGCUUGAUUCUUUGUUGGAAGAGGUUAUUAGCUCGGGAAAUGAGUGCCGGUGUUUCGACGUGUGGGAGUUGUUGGGGGUGAUUGCGGAAGAGCUGAGGGCCGGCGGGCCUCGCACUCUGCUCCGGGCUGUCGAUGCCCUUAUCAAGAGUUAUGUUACUUUAGGAAUGCAUGAUGAGGCUAUCGAUGCCCUUUUCGAGACCAAGAGGCUCGGUGUUGGGCCGUGCUUGCUGUCUUGUAAUUUUUUGAUUAACAGGUUGGUUGGGGUUGGGAGGGUCGAUACGGCUGUUGCUAUCUAUAAGCAGCUGAAGACAAUCGGGCUCAGCCCGAAUGUGUAUACUUAUGCGAUCAUGAUUAAGGCAUACUGUCGGAACAAGUGUUUUGAAGAAGCUGAUAAUGUGUUGAGUGAGAUGGAAGCAGCUGGGGUUGAGCCUGAUUCUUUUAUCUACUUUGCUUAUCUUGAAGGGCUCUGCAUGAACGGAUUGACCGAUUCUGGCUACAAGGUUUUACAGUCUUGCAAAGCUGGAAAUGUCCCUAUUGAUGCUUAUGCUUACACUACCGUAAUUCAGGGUUUUGUUAGUGAAAAGAAGCUGAGGGAGGCUGAGAAUGUUUUGCUCGACAUGGAAGAACACGGGAUGAUUCCCAGUGAGGCUGACUACCGUGCCUUAGUCCAGGGGUAUUGUGAUUCUGGGGAUAUAAUUAAGGCUUUGACUAUACAUAAAGAGAUGGAGGCAAGGGGUCUCAGGACUAAUUGUAAGAUUCUCACUCCAAUCUUUCAGUGUUUGUGCCAGAAGGGAAUGCAUCUUGAAGCAGUUAAUCAGUUUAGGGAGUUUGAAAAGUCGGGCAUCUUUCUUGAUAAAGUUGCGUACAAUGUUGUUAUUGACUCCUGUUGUAAAAUGGGCCGGUUAGACGAGGCCCUACUUUUUUUUGAUGAGAUGAAGUGUAAGAAUCUCGUGGCCGAUGUCGUGCACUACACCACGUUAAUAGGCGGUUACUGUCUCCACGGGGAUAUUUUUGAUGCUAUAAACUUGUUUGAGGAAAUGAACGAAAGCGGUCUCAGAGCAGACAUUAUUACUUAUAAUGUCCUUGCCGGUGGUCUGUCUAGAAAUGGUCUUUGGGAUAAGGUUAAAAUCCUUCUGGGUGCUAUUAAACGUGAAGGGUUAGCACCAAAUGCAGUGACACACAGCACGAUCAUCGAAGGCCUAUGCUUUGGGGGGAAACUGAAAGAAGCUGAAGCAUAUUUUGUUAAUUUAGAAGACAAGACUGUGGAAAUUUAUGCUGCAAUGGUUAAUGGAUACUGUGAAGUGAGCAGGGCAACUGAUGGUUAUAAGCUACUUCUUAGACUUUAUGAUCAAGGAAUUGUGAUAAAUAGGAAUUCUUGUUCGCACCUACUUAGCUCCCUCUGUGUGGAAGGCGAAUUUGAGAAAGCUAUCACGCUAUUUGAGAUCUUGCUUUCUAUUGGUGAUGGCCCUAGUAAGAUGAUGUACCACAAGCUUAUUGCUGCUCUUUGUGGCGCUGGAGAUAUGACGAAUGCCCGAUGGGCGUUUGACCACAUGGUCAGCAGAGGGCUUGUUCCAGAUGCAGUUAUCUACACCAUAAUGAUGAACGGCUAUUGCCGGGCGAAUCACCUGCAGGAAGCCAUUGAUCUUUUUGAUGACAUGAAGGUAAAAGGCAUCUGUCCUGACAUAAUUACUUACACGGUCUUGCUUGACGGGCAUCACAAAGUAAGUCGUAAAAGGGUGCGAUCUCAAAAUGUUUGUGAGAGAGGUGAAGUUGGAGAGCAGGAAGUUUUAUCUUUAUGCUGUGAAAUGAAGGAGAUGGAAGCUAAGCCUGAUGCCAUCUGUUACACAGCGUUAAUUGACAACCAGUGCAAAGCAGAUAACCUUGAGGAUGCUAUUUUCCUUUUCAAUGAGAUGAUUGAGCAAGGUUUACAACCCGAUACAGUCACAUACACGGCCAUCUUAUCUGGCUAUUGCAAGCGAGGAGAUAUGGGCAUGGCUGAAGCUCUAUUGAACGAGAUGAAAUCUGCUGGAAUAGAGCCAGAUAGUCGUACAACCUCGACAUAUGAUCAUGGUAUCCUGAGCGCAAAGAAAGCGAAGUUUUUGCAUAGCGGCACCACCCUGGUCAGCUCCAUUCACUUGGGUUGUGAUGGAGUUUUUGUUCUUUUGUUAGUUCAGGUGAAGACUUGCUGGCAAUUGCUGCAGAUCAACCAUUCCAUUUUCCAGCUACAUUCACAUUUGUUGUUAGAGCUUUCUCAGUGUUGGAUGGUGUUGGGAAGGGACUUGAUCCUCGAUUUGAUAUCACUGAAGUUGCUAAACGGUUAA